AUGAAAUGCGCCGUUGUCGGAAAGGUCAUAUGGGAUAUCCCUAAAGAUGUCCCCACAGAACUCCAGAGACUUACGGGGAUAAUUUCCUUUCGUGAGGGACUAUUUCAUUUCUACCCGCUGGAGAGAUCCUUAAAACCCGGAGGGAAACGCUGGCUGCAGCAGCACCGGCGCCUGGGCGAAGGGAUCACCGGUCAUGGCACAAGGUGUGCUGGAGUGUCUGCGGUGUCCAACAACAACAUCUGUGGAGUGGGCGUGGCCUACAACUCCAAGGUAGCAGGAAUUCGUAUGCUGGACCAGCCCUUCAUGACGGACAUCAUCGAGGCCUCGUCCAUCAGCCACAUGCCUCAGGUUAUUGACAUCUACAGCGCCAGCUGGGGUCCCACCGACGACGGCAAGACGGUGGACGGCCCUCGGGAGCUCACCCUGCAGGCCAUGGCCGACGGAGUCAACAAGGGCCGAGGUGGGAAAGGCAGCAUCUACGUGUGGGCCUCCGGAGACGGUGGUAGCUAUGACGACUGUAACUGCGACGGAUACGCCUCCAGCAUGUGGACCAUCUCUAUUAACUCAGCCAUCAAUGACGGACGCACCGCGCUCUAUGAUGAAAGCUGCUCCUCCACCCUCGCCUCCACCUUCAGCAACGGCCGUAAACGAAACCCCGAAGCUGGCGUGGCCACCACGGAUCUGUAUGGAAACUGCACACUGCGUCAUUCGGGCACAUCUGCUGCCGCCCCGGAGGCCGCUGGCGUGUUCGCCCUGGCUUUGGAGGCCAACCCGAACCUGACGUGGAGGGACCUGCAGCAUCUGACGGUGCUCACCUCUAAGAGGAACAAGCUUCAUGACGAGGUGCACCAGUGGAGGAGGAACGGUGUGGGUCUGGAGUUCAACCAUCUGUUCGGAUACGGCGUGCUGGAUGCUGGAGGGAUGGUCAAACUGGCCCGGGAGUGGAAGACCGUCCCGGAGCGAUUCCACUGUGUGGCUGGAUCCGUGCAGGAGAUACACAAAAUACAGUCGGGCGGCAAGCUGGUGCUGAGCGUCUCGACCGAUGCCUGCCAGGGCAAAGACAACUUCGUGCGCUACCUGGAGCACGUGCAGGCCGUCAUCACGGUCAACGCCAGCCGCCGAGGAGACCUCAACAUCAACAUGACGUCCCCCAUGGGCACCAAGUCCAUCCUGCUGAGCCGCCGGCCCCGGGACGACGACGCCAAGGUGGGCUUCGACAAGUGGCCCUUCAUGACCACCCACACGUGGGGCGAGGACCCUCGAGGAGCCUGGCUGCUGGAGGUGGGGUUCCAGGGCGAGGCCCCUCAGAGCGGCGUGCUCAAGGAGUGGACCCUCAUGCUGCACGGAACACAAAGUGCCCCUUACAUAGACCAAGUGGUGCGGGACUACCAGUCCAAACUGGCCAUGUCCAAAAAAGAAGAGCUCGAGGAGGAGCUAGACGAAGCCGUGGAGAGAAGCUUGAAAAGCCUUUUGAGUAAAAGUAACUAGCCAUGUGCAUGAUCAUAUCUCUCUGUAUUAGCGUAUAUUCCCAGCCCGUUCUCUCUCGGCUUUCUCUUUUUUCUUGUGAUGAUUUGAUGAAUGUCUGACGUGGGUCUCUCCUGUUAAAGUGUAUUCUCUGAAUGAUUCAGCGGCCGCGAAAACCAUUUCGACACUCAAGAAGCUCUCGGAAACGUUUGAACAUCACUGCGAGUGGCGUUCACGUUAACGAAAGACAGCACAAGCACACUUUACAAGCAGACGCUUCGCUAAAAGACCUUCUCGAGGUUUCGGUACCGUUCUGCUAAUCUGCAGAAGAACUUCGAGAAAGUUAGUCCUGAGAAAACCUUUAGCAUCAUUUGUAGAUAUUUAGUUUUUAAACGCAGUGAAAUUCAGACUGUAAUGCAUGACUUGAAUGUCCAGAUGUGUUUUUUCGCACCGCUGUACGUCCCGG